GGAAACAAGUAAACUCUGCAGAGGAAAAUGGAAAGAAGAAAAGGAAAGUUUGGACACAAAGACUAUCCAGAGUAUGCACAAAGAGAGAGUAUUUAGAAGUUGGAUUUAUUUCCCUCCACCAGCAGAGAACUGAUGGUGAGUCAAAUUACAGGAGAGUGUGUUGCAAACCCGUGAAACUGCAGGGCUGAAGUUGUGUUUCUUCAUAAGUUGAGCUCUUUUUUGUUUAAUCAAUGUGCAAAAUGUAGAUUUAAAGAUAAAAGUGUGUGUUUACAAACCUGCACAUUUGCACUGUGUAGUGUCGAGACUUUUUGUAAUUUGUGGCAUAGAGUAAGAGUGCUGACUUGUGUUGCAAAGGUUAUGUUUGGGCAUUACUUAAUAGACUUAAUACACCCAAAGUGGUUUAAGAGCUGGUAAUUAGUAUAAUUAUAUUUUAGAAGAGGACUGGGCCUUUGAGGCUAAUACAGAUCCUGCAGUGACAUGUUGCUCUGAUGUAAGAGGUAAUUAAAAAGUUGAGACUUUAUCCAAAACACACUGUCAAACUGUGAGGUAAUAGCCAAAAGUGUGUAUCAUGUGUCAUCCUUCAUCAGCCUUAUAGAGCCAACACAUCAAACAUGCCUCUUAACUCGAGAGCUUCAGUACGAAAUGCCAAGAUGCAGACCGCACUGAGCACCUGGACUCCUCUGAACCACCCACAGUCCAACAGCAAGGUCGGAUGAACUCAUACUUAUAAUUUAAUUACUAUUAUUAUUAUAAUGAGGCCAUAUUGGUUUGAACAUUUGCAUUAAGAGAUUUUCAACCAUAUUUAAAGCUUCUUUCAAAAGGUAUCUCUUUCUAGGGAUUUGUGAAUAAUAAGGUAACUGCAGCUGACAUUUUUAUCAAACUAUAUUAUGAUUUUUUUUACAUACUGUACUAUGACAUAUUUUUUCAAACUAAUAUAUGAUUUUUAUUCACACUAAAAUUUGUCAUUUUUAUUAUACUAUACUAUAGCGUAUUUUUUCACACUAACAUAUAACUUUUUUAACACUUAAAUUUGAAAUUUUUGUCGUACUAUACUAUGACAUUUUAUCACACUAUACUAUGACACCUUUAUAGAACAAAAGUCUGAAAAAAGAUUUCACACUAUGACAUUUUUAUCAUACGAUACUAUGACAUAUUUUUUCAUAUAAAAAUAUGAAAAAAUGUUUCACACAAAAAGUUGAAAUUUUAAACAUACUAUACUAUGACAUUUUUGUCAUACUAUACUAUCACAUAUUUUUUCACACUAACAUAACAUACAAAACAGUUAAAUUUGAAAUUUUUGUCGUCCUAUACAAUGACAUUUUAUCACACUAUACUGAGACACCUUUAUCAUACAAAAAUAUGAAAAAUAAUUUUAUACUAAAAUUUGAAAUUUUUGACAUACUAUACUAUGACAUUUUUAUCAUACUAUACUAUGACACCUUCAUCGUACAAAAAUAUGAAAAAAAUGUUUACACUUAAAAUUUGAAAAUUUUAACAUAGUAUACUAUGACAUUUUUGUCAUACUAUACUAUGACAAUUUUUUUUCACACUAACAUAUACAUUUUUUUACACUAAAAUUUGAAAUUUUUGUCAUACUAUACUAUGACAUUUUAUCACACUAUACUAAGACACCUUAAUCAUACAAAAAUAUGAAAAAAAAUUUCACACUAAAAUCUGACAUUUUUAACAUACUAUACAAUGACAAUUUUAUCAUACUAUACUAUGACACCUUUAUAGAACAAAAGUCUGAAAAAAUUUUUUUACACUUAAAAUUUGAAAAUUUAAACAUACUAUACUAUGACAUAUUUUUUCACACUAACAUAUACAUAUUUUUAACACCUUAAUUUGAAAAUUUUGGCAUCCUAUACAAUGACAUUUUAUCACACUAUACUGAGACACCUUUAUCAUACAAAAAUAUGAAAAAAAAUUUUACACUAAAAUUUGAAAUUUUUGUCAUACUAUACUAUGACAUUUUUAUCAUACUAUACUGUGACACCUUCAUCGUACAAAAAUAUGAAAAAAAUUUUACACUUAAAAUCUGAAAUUUUAACAAACUAUACUAUGACAAAUUUUUUUCACACUAUCAUGUACAUUUUUUAACACUAAAAUUUGAAAUUUUUGUCAUACUAUACUAUGAUAUUUUUAUCAUACUAUACUAAGACACCUUUAUCUUACAAAAAUAUGAAAAAAAAAUUUUACACUAAAAUUUGAAAUUUUUGUCAUACUGUACUAUGACAUUUUUAUCACACUAUACUAUGACACCUUUAUCAUACAAAAAAGAAUUUUUUUUCUCACACCUAAAUUUGACAUUUUUAACAUACUAUACUCGGACACCUUUAUCAUACAAAAAGAUGAAUUUUUUUUCACACCCAAAUUUGACAUUUUUAACAUACUAUACUAUUAUAUUUUUACCAAACUUAACUGCGAACUAUUUUUAUCCUAAAAUUUGAUAAUUUUUUAACCUUCAAAUAUGACAUUUUUAACAUACUAUUAUCUGACAUAUUUUCGUCACACUGUCCUAAGACUGUUAUCAUGCUGUGCUAUGAUUCAUAAAAUGAUUUAUUAAAAGUUAAUGUUUAUACAUCAUUUAUUGUCAAUAGCUUGGCACUUAUGGUUGAUAAUAUUGUAACUUGUUUUGAUUAUCAGCCUUCAUCAGCAUCCUCUUCCUCAGGUGUUUGAAGAGAGGCGGAACCUCCUGGCAAAAUGGGUAGGUUUAAAGCAUAGACACUGAAAGAGGCAGAUCUCAUAAAAAUAUACUUCUCACUCCUCACAGAUUCCCCUUUUUGUCCUUAUACUCAACAUCUGCAUCACAGCCGAGGAAAAAAUAGCAUAUAUGAUCAUGAUGAUAAACAGAAAAAGACUCUGCUCUGUUCAGGUCUCUCAUCUUCUUCAGUUUGACAGGUGGUCUGACAGCCAGAGGAAGGCAGUGCUGCAAGACUUAGUAAUGGUCUGUUCUGUGGAUCAGCUGAUGUUCCUAAGCAACAGUGUGAGCAGACGGCUCCCCCUGCAGGCUGCAGACUUCACCUGCCUGCUCCCCAGAGUGCUCUGCCUCUACCUCUUCUCCUUUCUGGACCCACGCAGCCUCUGUCGUUGCGCCCAGGUACACACUGACCAGACUACUUUUACAUAUAUGUAUAAAAGUGUGCUUAAACCUGCUCAUUCUCGGUGGUUUCACCCGCUGUGAGCAGGUGAGCUGGCACUGGAAAGGUAUCGUGGAGCUGGAUCAGCUGUGGAUGCCUAAAUGUGUGCGGCUCGGCUGGUAUAUCAAUUUCUCCCCCACGCCAUUUGAGCAGGGCGUCUGGAAGAGACACUACAUCCUCGCUGUGAAGGAGCUGCGACUCUCAUCACUGCAGGUCUGGAGAUCAGUCUCAUCACAGCAGCAGUUUACACCUGCACAUGUACCAGACGUCAGCAGGAGACAUGAUGGACUGUCAGAGUCAGCCUCUGCUGGUACACAGCAUCCAGGAUUCGGCUCCAAGUGUCUCAGAGGAACCUCCAGGAAGAAGCAGCCGGCUGCACCUCCACCGUGGAGGGGCUCUGACAGAUCUCCUAAAGACACACUCCGCUUCAACUACUUGGACAACACAGAUUCAACUGGGCCUGCAGUCCAAGAGUAAGAUCACAGGAGUAAGGAUGAUAUAGGGGAGAGUGGGGUGAGUUGAGCCACCCCCUGUAAAAGAAAUUGAUCAUGUGACCAAAUAUUAAGGAGAUAGGCAUCAAUUCAUGGAGUCUGUGAAGGUUAGAAGCACAAAAGAAAAAACAUUUUACACUCUAGUAAGUGAAUUUAGUCUGUCAUAAGUUUGAUUAAAUAAAAGAUCAUUUAAAAUUUGUUUUAUACAUCAAUUGUGGUAUCCAUGAGCUACAACAUGAGGUCAAAAACCUAACAUAAAAGUCCACCAUUUUAGCUUAGAGGACUAAUAAAGUCAUCAUAGUAGUUCUGGGGUAAAUACAGUAAAAUUAAAAACAGGAAAAAAGGAGAUAAAUAAUAGAUAAAAUAGAAGAUAAAAUAGAUAACAUAUACACUAUUUUUUUCCUGACUCCGUCUCCCCACAGAAAGAUGAAAAUAAGACCCUCCUCCUCCUGGAAACCCGCCGAUGUGAGCAAGAGAUCGAUCUCCGAGACCAACUACAAACUACGCAAAGCCAAAUCGCUGGUAAACUGCUCCCCAUUCAUCAUCAGCGGCGUCUGCGGCCUGCUGUGACGGUGACCUCCUUCAGGGUUUCAAAGGGAGCUGUAAACGUGGAGGAGUCUCUGGAGGCAUCAUCAUGUAUUAUGGAGCAGCGUUUACACAGAGACGCAUGUUAAUGAUGAGCGGCUCAGGGAGGGAGCUGACAGAGGGGGGAAGCCAAAUUAUGCUAAUGAGGGGAGAGGGAAGGGUGAAAUGGAGGACACUGUGUCAUCUAUUAUUCUGGCUUUGGUGGAUUCAUUACAGAUUUAUGUCACUGUCUGGGUUCGAGAACCAAAACCAAAUUCAACAUUUACAGUUUCAAUCCUCUUAAAUUUACAGUUUUAUCAUUUUUUAAGGUUUGGUGGCUGAAAUGAGUUCAGCUCCUGAGUAAAUGUCAUCUUCCUUUUCUUUUAGAUGUUCCUGAGCUCCAACAGCAGGUCUCAGCAGGCUCCUCUCCCUCCUCCUCCUCCUCCUCCUCCUCAUGAGACUGAAUCUCGACCCUCCUGGGCAGCUCGCAGUCUUGACCACCCAGCCACCAAGGAGACCACCAAGAGUUCGCUGAGUCUGACCCGGUGGAAUGCAGGGAUUCGUCCCGGGCCAGUGAGGACGCCGGUGCCGAAGCUGAGUGUGGCGGCGCUCAGGGCGUCCCAGCGCUCCCACCGGAGCGUUCCCAGUAAGUGAUCCCGGCUCCUUCACUCCUCUGGGCUGAAUAUGAUGUAACCACAAGGCAAGACACGUAUUCAGGACAAAUAAUGAGCAGAAAACGACUUAUUCUGCAGGAAAAAAAGUUCCACACUGCAGUUUGUGACCCUGUUCAGAGCUGUUUUAUGUCGUCUUACUGAAUCCUGGAUGAAGCUGAAUUAUUUAUUCUGAACAUUUUAGGCAAAGCAUUAAAAGUUAUCUUUAAAAUCCAUUCAGCAGGAUACAAAGAUAUUAACAUUUGGAGGGUUCAGAGCCUUAAAAUGCCAAACUGAGAGAGGUCACAUUUUGAUUUUAGAAAGAUUAUCUUUUGGGGCAGUUAGGAUUUAUGAUUAUAUUCAAUUAAUUUUAUGAAUUUACAAGUAAUAGUAGUGACUUUAUCAGUACAGCACUUUUAAAAACAAGGGUUUCCAGAUUUUAAAUAAGUGAUAAAAUUAUAUUUAAAAAAGUACAAAAACAGUUAACGGUUAAAAGAUAGUAAAAGCAACACAAGCUGUAAUAGGUUAGAAUAUAAAUUAAGAAGUUCAAUAACAUAUGGAAGUUAAAAGGGAAAAACAGUCAGUAUUUUGAAUUAAUUAUGACACAUAACAGCCACAAAAACAGCAGAUAAAAAAGGAAAUGACAAAAUAUGAGUGAAAUGGUGAAUGAAGCCGCUGAGAGAACAAAAGGUAGGAUAAUUAAAAAAUAAAAGGUAAUUUUUUACAACAAAAGAUAGGAGUAAAAGUGAAAAAUAGGACAAAAGGAAUAAAAGAAAAGAAAAGAGAAAGUUAAAGAAAAAUUAAAGACUCCAAGAAUAAGAAAAAGAAAAGCUUCGUUAGUAAACAAAGUGCACACAUGUGAUCUAUUUGGCUCUUUGUGACCAACAUUAGACAUAAAAUCAUAAAAAGUAAAAACCUACUUUAAAAUUUAAAAAUAUGUAUAUACAUGAAUAUUUACAAUAUUCAUGUAUUUACAUAAUAUAUUUAUUUAUACAGUAUCUAAUUUAAUUACCAGCCCCGUCCGAUAUUUGUAAUUUUCUGAGAACUAUUUUGAAUUAUUGCUGAAGCUGUGGUAGUAAACACGACAGCUUAACUACUACAGCACAUAUUUAAGGAAAUAUACUUUUUAAUUUGACAUAAAAUACUUCAGGAUUAAACUAUAUCUUAAUUUGUUUUUUUUUUUACAAUCAAAUACAGGCGACCCUCUAUUUCAGACGUGGACUCUGUCGAAAUCACUAAAACAAGAUACAAGGUGAAGUGUCGCCACCACCAGGACAACAUCAGUACUGCAGCUUGAGGACUUGAUUCAGAGUGUUUGUUUACCUGGAGAGGAAUAAUGCACCUUUAUAAUGCAUUCAAUCACUGCAGCAAGUUUUAGCAUCAAAUUCAGAAAUAAAACAUUUCUAACUUUCA